GCAAAUGUACGGUUAAUGAGAUCCACAAUCAAACAUCGGUCCACAGCAAGCGCGCGUCUGGCCACAAUUCAUAGUGUCUGUCUACAAUACAACUUGCACCUCAAGGAAUCGUAUAAAUAUCAGCACAAAUGCCUACCUAGCAUCAUCAUCACCCUCAAGGACAGUUAGCAUUCACCUCAGACAAAAUCAAGUACCCCCUCGUUUAUAUUCCUCCACAAUCAGUUAUCUCAAAAUGGCUGUCAAAAAGAACUAUGUUUGCUCUGCUCAAGCUGACUGCAACAAAACCUUUACUAAAUAUAAUGACCUCAAGAAACACGAGGCCGCACAUUCGCCCAAUGCUCACAUAUGUCGUUUCCCCGGCUGUGACUUUGCGACUUUGUCCAAACCCAGCUUCGAAAUCCAUUCCGACAGGCACACUGGUGAAAAGCGUCACAAAUGUCCGCACGGUUGUGGCUUUAAGACCCACAACCCUGCCGCACUGACUCGCCACCGCAAGGCAGAACAUGGCCAUCUUCCUCUUUCUCGCGGCGGUCGUACUGUUGCCACAUCCGCAUCACACAUGACCCCGUUGACGGCAUGCCAGACAAAGCCCCAGCCCAGCCCAGCCGCAAGCUCAGCCGCAGCUCUUGCCGCAGCUUCAACUUCAGUUCCAGCCGCAGCCGCAGCCGCAACCCCCUCAGCAAAACAACUACAAUAA